AGGAAGGGGGUACACAGGCGCGCGCGCGCGCGCGCCCUUUCAUGUCGGCCCGCGCACCCAGACCCCGACCGCGGCUAUGGGCGACGCGGGCGCUGCUGCAGUGGACCUGGGCUACGCGAGAAGCAGGUUGCUCGGCGCGCCCGUGCGCAAGCAGUUGGGCGGCGCUUGGCUGAAGGGACGAGUGAUCGCGGAGGAGGCAGAGGCUAGCGACGGCGAGACGGACUUCCGCGUGGUCUACGAGGAUGGCGAGGAAACAGUCAUGCCGGAGUCCGAGGUGCGUCUUUGGGCAGCUGCUUGCGGCCUGGAUCUGGGUCCUUCUGCGAGCGGCGACGACGGGGAUGAAUCCUGCGAGGAGGCACCCCCCGCUGAGCCUCCGCCGGAGAGCGCCCAGCCGAUGACCUCUGCGGCCACGCCCUCGCCGUUCACGCAGCCAGGGCAUGUGCAGCCGCUUUCAUCUGCGCCGAUCCCGCCAUCGUCAAGGACAUCUUCCUCUGCGACUGAAGAGUGUCGUGCGCAUGCAGUUCACACAGAUUGAUUGCAUACCGUACCAGCGAAGCAUUUUGUGUACCGACCCCUUGGGGACCCUCAAUCGAAUAUGACGCGCGCCCGUUCUCACACCCAGGCGUUGGCGAGCCGUACACGUGACACGCUCGUCCGCAGGCCCGAGGGUUCCAGGGAACCGUCACAUAGAUCCAGCUAGGCCGGGACAUGUUACAGGUCGCGUCUUUGACGGAACGAAGCCCAUGAGCUGCACGAGCGAUGGAAAAGGGUAGAAGGGGGAGACAGAC